CUGGGCGCCAAGACUCGGCGGGGAGAAGAGUGGCGGAUAUUUCAUCGUGGGGACGGCCGGGGCCAGGGAGAUGACUGCGGCGGGGGAGCCGGCUGCAGCCAGGGCGUCCGCAGCUGCAACUGGCUGGGAGGCCGACUGAAGCCGGAGAACCCCUUCCAGCACCCGGGAGUCGGGGGCGAGGCGGAGCCUUGACGUCACCUCCCCUCCCCCAGCCGCUCCUGGAAGGAGGAGUGGGGGAAAAAGAGGCAGAGAUCCGCCGCAGUUGCCGGCCGUAACUCCUCUACUCGGCAGCUGGCUGCCUGGACAUGUCCUGACAAACUUGGCUUCUCAUCGAAGACCUUCACUUCUCUCUCCAGACCUCGUGCGCUCUUUCUCUCUCUCCACCUCUUUUGGUGCUCAAACUUUCCCCGGGUCGGAAGCCACUGGAAAUGCGACCACCUGAGUCCCGACUGCACUGGAGGAUCACACUCUGGUUGGGGAUAUGCUGAAGAUUCUAGGGAGGCAAACUUGGUACUUCGAGCCCGGCUCCUAACAAAAAUCCGAUCGGCGUGGGAUAUACCCAACUGCCGAGGACUGUAAGGAAGAGCACCCAGGACCGGGCUACUGUGGUGGCCAAGAAUUAAACCAUGGGGAGACCCUCGGCCUUGCCUCUGCUUCUGCUCCUCUUUCUCCAGCAUUUUGGAGACGGUGACGGAAGCCACAGACUUGAACCGACCCCUUCUCUACAGUUUACACACUUGCAGUACAACGUCACUGUGCAUGAAAACUCUGCCGCGAAAACCUACGUGGGCCACCCUAGAAAGAUGGGCAUCUACAUCUCAGACCCCUCGUGGGACAUACGGUACAAAAUCAUCUCAGGGGACAGCGAAAACCUGUUCAAAGCUGAGGAGUACGUUCUUGGAGACUUUUGCUUUCUAAGAAUAAGGACCAAAGGAGGAAAUACAGCUAUCCUGAAUCGAGAAGUGAGAGACCAUUACACACUGAUAAUCAAAGCGGUUGAAAGGAACACCAAUGCUGAGGCCCGAGCCAAGGUCAGGGUGCAAGUGCUGGAUACAAACGACCUACGGCCGCUAUUCUCGCCCACCUCUUACAGCGUAUCUCUGCCUGAAAACACAGCCAUAAGGACCAGUAUUGCGAGGGUUAGUGCCACGGAUGCGGAUAUCGGAACCAACGGGGAAUUUUACUACAGUUUCAAAGACCGAACCGACAUGUUUGCCAUCCACCCAACGAGCGGCGUGGUCGUCUUGACUGGCAGGCUCGAUUUCCUAGAGACCCGGCUCUAUGAGCUGGAGAUCCUGGCUGUGGACCGGGGCAUGAAAUUGUACGGCAGCAGUGGGAUCAGCAGCAUGGCCAAGCUGACGGUUCACGUGGAACAGGCCAACGAGUGUGCUCCCGCGAUAACAGCUGUGACGUUAGCGCCCUCCGAGCUGGACAAGGACCCAACAUAUGCCAUCGUCACUGUGGAGGACUGUGAUCAGGGUGCCAACGGGGAGAUAGCAUCUUUAAGCAUUGUGGCUGGCGACCUCCUGCAGCAGUUUAAAACAGUGAGGUCGUUCCCAGGGAGUAAAGCGUUCAAAGUCAAAGCCAGCGGGGGCAUCGAUUGGGACAGUCAUCCUUACGGCUUCAAUCUGACACUACAGGCUAAGGACAAAGGGACCCCUCCCCAGUUCUCCCCAGUGAAAGUCAUCCAUGUCGUUUCCCCACGGUUCAGAGCUGGGCCGGUAAAGUUUGAAAUGGAUGUUUACAGAGCCGAGAUCAGUGAAUUCGCUCCCCCACAUACACCCGUGGUCCUCGUCAAAGCCAUCCCUAGCUAUUCCCAUCUGAGGUAUGUCUUUAAAAGUACGCCUGCAAAAGCGAAAUUCAGUUUAAAUCCCAACACGGGUCUCAUUUCCAUCUUAGAACCAAUUAAAAGGCAGCAGCAUACAUCCCACUUUGAACUCGAAGUGACAACAAGUGACAGAAAAGCUUCCACCAAAGUCAUGGUGAAAGUCGUAGGCACAAACAGCAACCCCCCUGAGUUUACACAGACCACAUACAAAGCCUCCUUCGAUGAGAACGCACCCGUCGGCACUACCGUGAUGAGGGUCAGCGCGGUAGACCCCGAUGAGGGCGAGAACGGCUACGUGACCUACAGUAUAGCAAACCUGAAUCACGUACCCUUCGUCAUUGACCACUUCACCGGUGCUGUGAGUACUUCGGAGAACCUCGACUACGAACUGAUGCCUCGAGUUUACACGCUAAGGAUUCGGGCUUCCGACUGGGGCUUGCCAUACCGCCGGGAAGUUGAGGUCCUCGCCACGAUGACUCUGAAUAAUCUGAAUGACAACACGCCCUUGUUUGAGAAGAUAAACUGUGAAGGGACAAUUCCCAGGGACCUAGGCGUCGGGGAGCAGAUAACUACCGUUUCUGCUAUCGAUGCCGACGAGCUUCAGUUGGUGCGCUACCAGAUCGAGGCUGGAAAUGAGCUGGGUUUGUUUGACUUAAACCCCAGCUCUGGGGUACUGUCAUUAAAACACUCGCUCUUGGAAGGCUUGGGCGCGAAGGUUUCUUUUCACAGUUUGAGAAUUACAGCUACCGACGGAGAAAAUUUUGCCACACCAUUGUACAUCAACCUAACGGUGGCCGCCAGUCGCAAGCCAGUCAACUUGCAGUGUGAAGAGACCGGCGUGGCCAAAAUGCUGGCAGAGAAGCUUCUGCAGGCAAAUAAACUACACAGCCAGGAGGAGGCGGAGGAUAUUUUCUUUGAUUCGCACUCGGUCAACGCCCAUGCCCCACAGUUUAGGAGUACUCUUCCGGCUGGAGUUGAGGUAAAGGAGAACCUCCCUGUGGGUGCCAACAUAGUGUUCAUGAACGCCACUGACCUGGACUCUGGCUUCAAUGGAAAGCUUGUGUAUGCCAUCUCUGGAGGAAAUGACGACAGUUGCUUUAUUAUUGACAUGGAAACAGGCAUGCUGAAAGUCUUGUCUCCACUUGACCGUGAAGUAACAGACAAAUACACCCUGAAUAUUACCGUGUAUGACCUUGGUAUACCCCAGAGGGCCGCGUGGCGUCUUCUGGAUGUCACGGUUCUGGACGCCAAUGAUAAUCCGCCUGAGUUUUUACAGGAGAGCUACUUCGUCGAAGUGAGCGAAGACAAGGGGAUAAAUAGCGACAUCAUCCAGGUGGAAGCCACCGAUCAAGAUCUGGGCCCCAGUGGACAUGUGAGGUACUCCAUUCUCACGGACACAGAUAAGUUUUCCAUCGACAGCGCAACUGGCGUGGUGAAGAUCAUCCGGCCUUUGGAUCGUGAGGUGCAGCCUGUGCAUUACUUGAAGAUUGAGGCCAGGGACCAAGCCACGGAAGAACCUCGGUUGUUUUCCACCGUGCUUCUGAAAGUGUCCCUAGAGGACGUUAAUGACAACCCACCUAAGUUCAUUCCGCCUAAUUACUCUGUGAAAGUUCGAGAAGAUUUGCCGGAAGGAACCAUAAUCAUGUGGCUAGAAGCCUAUGAUCCUGACGUAGGUCAGUCCAGUCAGGUGAGAUACAGUCUCCUGGACCACGGAGAAGGCCACUUUGACGUGGAUAAACUCAGUGGAGCGGUUAGAAUUGUCCAGCAGCUGGACUUUGAGAAGAAGCAAGUAUAUAACCUCACCGUAAGGGCCAAAGAUAAAGGGAAGCCAGUGUCUCUGUCUUCCACGUGCUACGUGGAAGUUGAGGUCAUUGACAUGAAUGAGAACUUGCACUCGCCAGUGUUUUCCAGCUUCGUGGAGAAGGGCGUCGUGAAAGAAGAUGUCCCUAUUGGCUCCUCAGUAAUGACCGUGUCGGCUCACGAUGAGGACACCGGGAGAGAUGGAGAGAUCCGCUAUUCCAUUAGAGAUGGUUCUGGUGUUGGUGUCUUCAGGAUAGAUGAAGUAACAGGUGCUAUAGAGACUUCAGAUCGACUGGACAGGGAGUCGACUUCCCACUACUGGCUCACAGUCUAUGCCACGGAUCAAGGCGUGGUGCCCCUGUCGUCUUUCAUAGAGGUCUACAUAGAGGUGGAGGAUGUCAAUGACAACGCGCCACAGACCUCAGAGCCUGUGUACUAUCCAGAAAUCAUGGAAAACUCACCCAAGGAUGUGUCCGUGGUCCAGAUCGAGGCCUUCGACCCAGAUUCUAGCUCCAGUGACAAGCUGACAUACAAAAUUACAAGUGGAAAUCCGCAAGGAUUCUUCUUAAUACACCCUAAAACAGGUCUCAUCACAACCACGUCGAGGAAGCUGGACCGGGAACAGCAGGAUGAGCACAUACUCGAGGUUACUGUUACAGACAACGGCACGCCCCCCAGAUCCACCACUGCAGGGGUCAUCGUGAAAAUCCUUGAUGAAAAUGACAACAAGCCCCAGUUCCUGCAGAAGUUCUACAAAAUCAGGCUCCCGGAGCGAGAGAAAGCGGACGGGGAAAGAAAUGCCAAGCGAGAACCCCUGUACCGCGUCAUAGCUGCGGAUAAGGACGAAGGGCCUAAUGCCGAGCUGUCCUACAGCAUCGAGGAAGGGAACGAGCAUGGCAGGUUUUCCAUCGAACCCAAAACGGGAGUGGUUUCAUCCAAAAAGUUCUCUGCGGCUGGAGAAUACGACAUUCUUUCAAUUAAGGUAGUUGACAACGGUCGCCCUCAGAAGUCAUCCACCACCAGACUCCAUAUCGAGUGGAUCUCCAAACCCAAGCCGUCGCUGGAGCCCAUCUCAUUUGAAGAGUCGGUUUUUACAUUUACGGUGAUGGAAAGUGACCCGGUGGCUCACAUGAUUGGGAUGCUCUCGGUUGAGCCUCCGGGCGUACCUCUGUGGUUUGACAUCAUCGGUGGCAACUAUGACAGUCACUUCGAUGUCGACAAGGGCUCCGGCACGAUCAUUGUUGCCAAACCCCUCGAUGCAGAGCAGAAAUCCAACUAUAACCUCACAGUGGAGGCGACAGACGGAACCUCCACCAUCCUCACCCAGGUGCUUAUCAAAGUCAUAGAUACAAAUGACCACCGCCCUCAGUUUUCUACAUCAAAAUAUGAAGUCACUGUUCCCGAAGACACAGAGCCAGACACGGAGAUUCUGCAGGUCAGCGCGGUGGAUAAGGAUGAGAAAAACAAACUGAUCUACACCCUACAGAGCAGCAUAGACCCCGUGAGUCUCAAGAAAUUCCGCCUGGAUCCUGCCACCGGCGCUCUCUACACUUCGGAAAAGCUCGAUCAUGAAGCCAUCCACCGGCACGUGCUCACGGUCAUGGUACGGGAUCAGGAUGUUUCUGUGAAACGCAACUUUGCCAGGAUCGUUGUUAAUGUCAGCGACAUGAAUGACCACGCCCCGUGGUUCACCAGCUCCUCCUACGAAGGCCGAGUGUACGAGUCGGCUGCUGUGGGCUCGGUGGUGCUGCAGGUUACAGCUCUGGACAAAGACAAAGGGAGAAAUGCUGAAGUGCUCUACUCCAUCGAAUCAGGAAACAUUGGAAAUUCUUUCACAAUCGACCCCAUCUUGGGCUCUAUAAAAACUGCCAGAGAAUUAGACCGAAGUAACCAAGUAGAGUAUGAUUUAAUAGUAAAAGCUACAGAUCGAGGCAAUCCCCCAAUGAACGAAAUGACCGCUGUGCACAUCGCCGUCACCGUCGCUGAUAACGCCUCCCCAAAGUUCACGUCCAAAGAGUACUCCGUGGAGAUCAGCGAAGCCGUCAGCGUUGGCACUUUUGUCGGGAUGGUCUCUGCUCACAGCCAGUCGUCGGUGAUGUAUGAAAUCAAAGAUGGAAACGUAGGCGAUGCCUUUGAUAUUAAUCCCCAUUCCGGAAGCAUCGUCACUCAGAAAGCCUUGGAUUUCGAAACUCUGCCCAUUUAUACUUUGACCGUACAAGGGACCAACAUGGCUGGUUUGUCCACCAACACCACUGUUGUUGUGCAUUUGCAGGACGAGAACGACAACCCACCAGUGUUUGCCCAGGCAGAAUAUUCAGGAUUCGUUAGCGAAUCCGCUUCGGUCAACACUGUGGUUCUGACAGAUAGGAAUGUUCCGCUGGUGAUUCGAGCCACGGAUGCCGACCGGGAGUCCAAUGCUCUGCUCGUGUAUCAAAUCGUUGAGCCGUCCGUGCACAGCUCUUUCACCAUCGAUGCCACCACUGGCGCUAUCCACACCGUGCUGAGUCUGGACUAUGAGGAAACACGCGCUUUCCACUUCACUGUGCAAGUGCACGACAUGGGGACUCCGCGUCUGUCUGCCGAGCAUGCAGCCAAUGUGACGAUUCAUGUCAUUGACAUCAACGACUGCCCUCCCGUCUUCUCUCAAUCGCUGUAUGAAGCCUCUCUUCUGUUGCCAACAUACAAAGGAGUGAACGUCAUCACCGUGAACGCCACUGAUGCCGACUCCAGGGCGUUCUCACAGUUAAUGUACUCCAUCACCGAAGGCAACAUUGGGGAGAAGUUCUCAAUGGACUACAAGACGGGCACGAUAACAAUACAAAACACGACUCAGUUACGAAGCCGCUACGAGCUAACCGUGCGAGCCUCUGACGGCAGGUUUACCAGCACGACCUCUGUGAAGAUCAACGUGAGAGAAAGCAAAGAGAGCCCACUCAAGUUCACCCAAGACGUCUACUCUGCCGUCGUGAAGGAGAACACCACGGAAACCAAGACGCUCGCUGUCAUUACUGCCAAGGGGAACCCGAUCAACGAGCCUCUGUUUCAUCACAUCCUCAACCCGGACCGCAGGUUCAAGAUCAGCCACACGUCAGGCGUGCUGUCCACCACCGGCAUACCGUUUGACCGCGAGCAGCAGGAAGCGUUUGAUGUGGUCGUAGAAGUGACCAGAGAACGUGAGCCGUCAGCAGUGGCCCACGUCGUGGUGAAAGUCACCAUAGAAGACCAAAAUGACAAUGCGCCUGUGUUUGUCAACCUCCCCUACUACGCUGUCGUGAAGGUGGAUGCCGAGGUGGGCCACGUCAUUCGCUACGUCACAGCCAUUGACAGAGACAGCGGCCGAAAUGGGGAGGUCCACUACUACCUCAAGGAGCAUCACGAGCACUUCCAGAUUGGGCCCUCCGGUGACAUUUCUCUGAAGAAACAGUUUGAGCCCGACACCUUGAAUAAGGAGUAUCUUGUGACAGUGGUUGCCAAGGACGGAGGGAGCCCAGCUUUCUCUGCCGAAGUUCUAGUUCCCAUAACUGUCAUGAACAAAGCCAUGCCUGUGUUUGAAAAGGCUUUCUACAGCGCCGAGAUUCCAGAGAACAUCCAGGUGCACAGUCCCGUGGUCCACGUCCAAGCCAACAGCCCAGAAGGGUUGAAAGUGUUCUACAGCAUCACAGACGGAGACCCUUUCGAUCAGUUUACUAUUAACUUCAACACUGGGGUAAUAAAUGUCAUAGCACCGCUGGAUUUCGAGUCCCACCCAGCCUACAAACUGAGCAUACGGGCAACCGACUCCCUGACGGGCGCUCACGCCGAAGUCUUCGUUGACAUCAUAGUGGAGGACAUCAAUGAUAACCCUCCCGUGUUCGUGCAGCAGUCUUACACCACAACCCUGUCGGAAGCCUCUGUCAUCGGAACACCCGUCCUUCAAGUGAGAGCCACGGACUCGGAUUCAGAACCAAACAGAGGGAUUUCCUACCAGAUGUUUGGAAAUCAUAGCAAAAGUCAUGAUCACUUUCACAUAGACGGCAGCACGGGGCUCAUUUCACUCGUGAGACCUUUGGACUACGAACAGUCCCAGCAGCACAAGGUUUAUGUAAGGGCUGUGGAUGGAGGGAUGCCCCCACUGAGCAGUGAUGUCAUCGUCACCGUGGAUGUCACCGACCUCAAUGAUAAUCCACCCCUGUUUGAACAACAGAUUUAUGAAGCCAGAAUUAGCGAGCACGCAGCUCAUGGGCAUUUUGUGAUGUGUGUAAAAGCCUGCGAUGCCGACAGCUCGGACCUAGACAAGUUAGAGUAUUCCAUCCUGUCCGGCAAUGAUCAUAAAAGCUUUGUCAUCGGUGGCGAAACGGGGAUUAUAACGCUGUCAAACCUGCGCCGGCACACCUUGAAGCCGUUCUACAGUCUCAAUGUGUCUGUGUCUGAUGGGGUUUUUCGAAGUUCCGCUCAGGUUCACGUAACUGUGAUGGGAGGCAAUUUGCACAGUCCCGUUUUCCUUCAGAACGAAUACGAGGUGGAACUGGCCGAAAAUGCCCCCUUGCAUACUCUGGUGGUCCAGGUGAAGGCGACGGAUAGGGACUCUGGCAUUUACAAUCACAUAACUUACCAUCUCGUGAAUGACUUUGCAAAAGACAGAUUUUACGUGAAUGACAGAGGACAGAUAUUCACUCUGGAAAAGCUCGACCGAGAGACCCCAGCAGAAAAAAUAAUCUCCAUCCGUUUAAUGGCAAAGGACGCUGGAGGGAAAGUGGCGUUCUGCACCGUAAAUGUCAUUCUUACAGAUGACAAUGAUAAUGCCCCGCAGUUCCGCUCAACCAAGUACGAAGUGAACAUUGGAUCCAGCGCCGCCAAAGGAACGUCGGUCGUUAAAGUCUUUGCGAGUGAUGCCGAUGAAGGCUCUAAUGCUGACGUCACCUACACCAUCGAGGCGGACUCUGAAAGUGUGAAGGAGAAUUUGGAAAUCAACAAGCUGACCGGCUUAAUUACAACAAAGGAAAGUUUAAUUGGUUUGGAGAAUGAAUUCUUCACUUUCUUCGUUAGAGCUGUGGAUAACGGGUCUCCGCCCAGAGAAUCCGUUGUGCCUGUCUAUGUCCGGAUACUUCCACCGGAAACGCAGCUUCCACGGUUUUCAGAGCCCUUUUAUACCUACGACAUUUCAGAAGACAUACCCAUUGGAACAGAAAUUGACCUCAUCCGGGUAGAACAUAGCAGGGCUGUUCUCUACACUCUGGUCAAAGGCAAUACUCCCGAGAGUAAUAAAGACGAGUUCUUUGUGAUUGACAGGCAGACCGGGAGGCUGAAGCUAGAGAAGAGUCUUGACCACGAGACCACUAAGUGGUUUCAGUUUUCUGUCCUGGCCAGGUGUACUGUUGAUGACGCUGAGGUGGUGGCUUCUGUCGACGUUAGUAUCCAGGUGAAAGAUGUCAAUGAUCACAGCCCAGUUUUGGAGUCCAACCCUUAUGAAGCAUUUGUUGUCGAGAACCUGCCCGGGGGGAGUAGGGUCAUCCAGGUCAGGGCAUCUGACCUAGACUCGGGAGCCAAUGGCCAGGUCAUGUACAGCCUCGAUCCAUCCCAAGGUGCAGACAUCCUCGAGUCCUUUGCCAUUAACAUGGAAACGGGCUGGAUUACAACCCUGAAGGAGCUCGACCACGAAGAGAGAGCCAGCUACCAGAUUAAAGUGGUCGCGUCGGAUCAUGGCGAGAAGGUUCAGCUGUCCUCCACAGCCAUCGUGGAUGUUACUGUCACCGAUGUCAACGACAGCCCGCCCCGGUUCACGGCUGAGAUUUACAAAGGGACUGUGAGUGAGGACGACCCUCCAGGUGGCGUGAUUGCCAUCCUGAGCACCACCGAUGCCGACUCUGAGGAGAUUAACAGACAAGUGACCUACUUUAUAACAGGAGGGGAUGCUUUGGGGCAAUUUGCUGUCGAAAAUAUACAAAAUGAAUGGAAGGUCUACGUGAAGAAACCCCUGGACAGGGAGCAAAAGGACAGUUACCUUCUGACCAUCACAGCAACCGACGGCACCUUCUCUUCCAAAGCCAGGGUUGAAGUGAAAGUUCUUGACGCCAACGACAACAGCCCGGUGUGUGAGAAGACUUUAUAUUCUGACACCAUUCCUGAAGACGCCCUUCCUGGGAAACUGGUCGUGCAGGUCUCUGCCACAGAUGCAGAUAUCCGGUCCAACGCGGAGAUUACUUAUACUUUAUUUGGUUCAGGUGCAGAAAAGUUCAGACUAAAUCCAGACACAGGUGAAUUGAGAACAUUAGCCCCCCUUGAUCGCGAGGAGCAGGCAGUUUACCAUCUCCUUGUCAAGGCCACCGAUGGAGGGGGACGAUCCUGUCAGGCUGCCGUUGUGCUCACCUUAGAAGAUGUGAAUGAUAACGCCCCCGAAUUCACCGCGGAUCCGUACACCAUCACCGUGUUCGAAAACACGGAGCCGGGGACACUGUUGACCAGAGUGCAGGCCACUGAUGCAGAUGCAGGACUGAACCGGAAGAUUUCCUACUCGUUGAUCGACUCUGCUGAUGGGCAGUUCUCCGUUAACGAGCUCUCUGGGAUUAUCCAGUUAGAGAAGCAUUUGGACAGAGAGCAACAGGCAGUGUAUACCCUCACUCUGAAAGCAGUGGACCAAGGACUGCCGAGAAAACUGACGGCUACUGGCACCGUGGUCGUGUCCGUUUUGGAUAUAAACGACAACCCGCCCGUGUUUGAGUACCGUGAAUAUGGUGCCACCGUGUCCGAGGACAUCCUCGUCGGAACCGAAGUUCUCCGGGUGUACGCAGCGAGUCGGGAUAUUGAGGCAAAUGCAGAAAUCACCUACUCAAUAAUAAGUGGAAACGAACAUGGAAAAUUCAGCAUCGAUUCUAAAACAGGGGCCAUAUUCAUCAUUGAGAACCUGGAUUAUGAGAGCUCCCAUGAAUAUUACCUGACCGUGGAAGCCACAGAUGGGGGCACGCCCUCACUGAGUGACGUGGCGACGGUGAACAUCAACGUCACGGACAUCAACGAUAACACCCCAGUGUUCAGCCAGGAUACCUACACCACGGUGGUCAGUGAAGACGCGGCUCUUGAGCAGUCGGUCAUUACGAUUAUGGCUGAUGAUGCUGACGGCCCAUCAAACAGUCACAUCCACUACUCGAUUAUAGAAGGGAACCAAGGAAGUCCAUUUACGAUUGACCCUGUCAGAGGAGAAGUGAAAGUGACCAAGCCCCUAGACCGAGAAACGAUCUCAGGUUAUACCCUUACGGUGCAAGCUGCUGAUAACGGCAGUCCGCCCCGAGUCAACACAACCACGGUCAACAUCGAUGUGUCCGACGUCAAUGACAACGCACCUCUCUUCUCCAGAGACAACUACAGUGUCAUCAUCCAGGAGAACAAGCCAGUGGGGGUCAGCGUCCUGAAGCUGGUAGUCACAGACAAGGACUCCUCUCACAAUGGCCCCCCCUUCUUCUUCACUAUCGUGAGUGGAAAUGAUGAUAACACAUUUGAAGUGAACCAGCACGGGGUCCUCCUGACGGCUGCGGCCAUAAAGAAGAAAGAGAAGGACCAUUACCUUCUGCACGUUAAGGUAUCUGAUAAUGGGAAACCUCCGCUGUCCUCGCUGACGCAUAUUGACAUCAGGGUUAUUGAGGAAAGCAUCCACCCUCCUGCCAUUUUGCCACUAGAGAUUUUCAUCACUGCUUUUGGAGAGGAAUAUUCAGGUGGGGUCAUAGGAAAGAUCCACGCAACUGACCAGGAUGUGUACGACACACUGACGUACAGUCUGGAUCCCCACAUGGACGGCCUGUUCUCGGUGUCCAGCACGGGGGGCAAGCUGAUUGCACACCGAAAACUUGACAUCGGCCAGUACAUUCUCAACGUCAGCGUGACAGAUGGGAAGUUUACCACGGUGGCCGACAUCACCGUGCACAUCCAGCAAGUGACGCAGGAGAUGCUGAACCACACCAUUGCCAUUCGCUUCGCCAACCUCACCCCGGAAGAAUUCGUCGGCGACUAUUGGCGCAACUUCCAGCGGGCUUUGCGGAACAUCCUGGGUGUUAGGAAGAAUGACAUCCAGAUAGUUAGCCUGCAGCCCUCCGACCCACACUCGCAUCUAGACAUAUUACUCUUUGUCGAGAAGUCAGGUAGCACUCAGGUUUCAACAAGACAGCUUCUGCACAAGAUUAAUUCUUCUGUGACCGACAUCGAGGAGAUCAUUGGUGUGAGGAUACUGAACGUGUUCCAGAAGCUGUGUGCAGGGCUGGACUGCCCGUGGAAGUUCUGCGAUGAGAAGGUGUCUGUGGAUGAAAACAGCAUGUCGACACACAGCACGGCCAGGUUGAGUUUUGUGACCCCCCGACACCACAGAACAGCUGUGUGUCUCUGCAAAGAUGGGAAAUGCCCGCCUGUCCACCAUGGGUGUGAAGAAAACCCGUGUCCUGCAGGCUCCGAAUGUGUCCCUGACCCCAGGGAGGAGAAGUACAGCUGCGUGUGUCCCGGGGGCGGGCUUGGCAAAUGUCCAGGGAGUUCAUCCAUAACCUUUACCGGGAACAGCUUUGUAAAAUACCGUCUGAUGGAAAACGAAAACAAAUUGGAGAUGAAACUGACCAUGCGGCUAAGAACCUACUCUUCCCAUGCAGUGGUGAUGUAUGCUCGGGGAACGGAUUACAGUAUCCUGGAGAUCCACGCUGGAAGACUGCAGUACAAAUUUGACUGUGGAAGUGGCCCUGGGAUUGUCUCCGUUCAAAGCAUUCAAGUCAACGAUGGGCAGUGGCACGCAGUGUCCCUUGAAGUGGAGGGAAACUAUGCUAAAUUGGUUCUAGAUGAAGUCCACACUGCCUCGGGCACUGCCCCAGGGGCCCUGAAAACCCUAAACCUGGAUAACUAUGUGUUUUUUGGCGGCCACCUCCGCCAGCAAGGAACAAAGCAUGGAAGAAGCUCCCAAAUCGCCAAUGGUUUCAGGGGCUGCAUGGACUCUAUUUAUCUAAAUGGGCAGGAGCUGCCUUUGAAUAACAAGCCAAGAGCCUAUGCACAUAUUGAAGAAUGGGUGGAUUUAUCUCACGGGUGCUUAUUAUCAGCCACAGAAGACUGCUCCAGCAACCCUUGCCAGAAUGGAGGCGUGUGCAACCCCUCACCUACUGGAGGUUAUUACUGCAAGUGCAGCGCCUUGUACGCGGGGGUGUACUGUGAGGUGAGCGUCAACCCGUGCGCCUCCAACCCCUGCCUCUACGGUGGUACGUGCAUAGUGGACAACGGAGGCUUCGCUUGUCAGUGCCGGGGGCUGUACACCGGCCAGAGAUGUCAGCUUAGUCCCUACUGCAAAGAUGAGCCCUGUAAAAAUGGUGGAACAUGUUUUGACAGUUUGGACGGUGCUGUCUGUCAGUGUGACUCGGGCUUUAGGGGAGAAAGAUGUCAGAGCGACAUCGACGAGUGUGCUGGGAACCCCUGUCGGAACGGCGCCCUCUGUGAGAACACCUAUGGCUCCUAUCAGUGUAACUGCAGCCACGAGUACAGAGGGAAGCACUGCGAGGACGCCGCUCCCAACCUGUACGUGUCCACGCCCUGGAACAUUGGCCUGGCCGAAGGGAUAGGAAUUAUUGUGUUUAUAGCCGGGAUUUUCCUGCUGGUGGUGGUGUUCGUCCUCUGCCGGAAGAUGAUCAGUCGGAAAAAGAAACCCCAGGCUGAACCGGAAGACAAACGUUUGGGGCCAACCACGGCUUUCUUACAGAGACCUUAUUUCGAUUCUAAGCUGAACAAGAACAUUUACUCCGACAUACCACCCCAGGUGCCUGUCCGCCCCAUCUCCUACACUCCGAGCAUUCCAAGUGACUCUAGGAACAAUCUGGACCGCAAUUCUUUCGAAGGCUCCGCCAUCCCAGAGCAUCCAGAAUUCAGUACUUUCAACCCCGAGUCUAUGCACGGACACAGGAAAGCUGUGGCCGUGUGCAGCGUAGCUCCAAACUUGCCCCCACCACCACCUUCCAACUCCCCGUCGGACAGUGACUCCAUACAGAAGCCUAGCUGGGACUUUGACUAUGACGCCAAAGUGGUGGAUCUCGAUCCUUGUCUUUCCAAGAAGCCCCUGGAGGAAAAGCCCUCCCAGCCCUACAGUGCCCGGGAGAGCCUGUCCGAGGUGCAGUCCCUUAGCUCCUUCCAGUCAGAGUCCUGUGACGACAAUGAAUCUUUGGCUGCUCCUGACCUCAGCAAACCAAGAGGGUACCACUGGGAUACAUCAGACUGGAUGCCAAGUGUUCCCCUGCCGGACAUCCAAGAGUUCCCCAAUUACGAGGUUAUUGAUGAGCACACCCCCCUCUACUCGGCAGAUCCCAAUGCCAUUGAUACUGACUAUUACCCUGGAGGCUAUGACAUUGAAAGUGACUUUCCACCCCCACCGGAGGACUUCCCCGCGCCCGAUGAACUGCCACCAUUGCCUCCAGAAUUCAGCGACCAGUUCGAGUCCAUACACCCGCCCAGAGACAUGCCUGCUGCAGGGAGCUUGGGCUCGUCCUCCCGAGGUCGGCAGAGAUUCAAUCUGAAUCAGUACCUGCCCAAUUUCUACCCCGUCGAUAUGUCUGAACCUCAGAAACAAGGCCCUAGGGAGAACAGUCCGCGUAGAGAACCCUUUGCCCCCUACCCUCCAGGGUAUCCAAGAAACUUGGAAGCCCCCACCAUAGAAAACAUGCCCAUGUCUGUGUACCCCUCCACAGCUUCCUGCUCUGACGUGUCAGCGUGCUGUGAAGUGGAGUCUGAGGUCAUGAUGAGUGACUACGAGAGUGGGGACGAGGGCCACUUUGACGAGGUGACAAUCCCUCCGCUCGACGCCCAACAGCACACCCAAGUGUGACGCUCAGACUCCUCCCCAAAGUGCCUGGACUUUUAACGAACCUAGAGACGGUAUCAGUGAUCUCCGCAGUGUUCUUUGCAGCGGUCUGAUGGGCUUCUCAGCGAGCUGCAGCGGGCAUGGCUGCACGGAACCACACGCCUCUUGACAUGUUAGCCAUUUCCAGUGUCCUAACCGGUUGACUGUCAUCGAUAGGGUUUUCAUCGCCUGUGCCAUUUCUGAGCAUCCUUUUCGUAUUUAGAUGUGUCUCUGUUAAAACAAUGAAACAGAAAUCAGUCCUGUCACCCUGUUAGCAUGAUCCAUGUAUUUAUAUAGAUCCGAUUAUUUUAAUUUUGCUUUUUUUUUGUGUGUGUGUGUAAAUUUUAUGUACAGAUUUGAUUUUUUUUUCAUAGUUUUAACUACGUUUUCAGGAUGCCUUGUGCGUUUGUUUUCCUCUAGAUCUGGGUGGUGUUAGCGUCGUCCGUCACCUAGCACCCUGAUUUUUCUGAUGUAACCAGGGUUUCACUCUGUUCCUUCCCACUGAAGUGUGACGUCUCAUCAACACAUCUCAGUCCGGUCCUUUAUUUCUAGCUGUACAUACAAGGUGAGGAAGACCUGUUACUGGACAUGUCUUAAAUGGGUUGCUGUAUUAGGAUGAUAAACAUUUUUCAUUAUUGGAAAGUGUAAAGGGGACCUUCUGCAUACCUGUUUAGAACCAAAACCACCACGACACAGUUUUUAUAGUGUCUGUAUAUUUGUGAUGCCAUGGUCUUGUAAAGGUUUUUACUGAAAGUUACCAUUAGCCAGCCUUUCUUACAAUAAAUUAUUAAUAAAAUACUUUAGCUUUA